AAAAAGGCUAUAGAAAGAAGCCAAAGACAAAGAAAGGGGAAAUUGCAGGAGAGAAAACUUUUCUCUUUUCUCUCUGCAAAACAAACAAAAAAAAAGCUUUAAUUCUCUCCUGUCAAUGGCGGAUUUUGUUUCAUAUAUUCAUAAAACCUUCCUAUCAUUUUCCUUUUUAUUCUUUUUCUCUAAUUUUUAGUCUUUUUUUCUCUUUUUUUUACCCCUUUUUUGGUCUAUAAUUGGAAAAAAUCAACAAUUUUCAGGAGUUGGUUGAUCUUAUAAAGUAUCAUGGGUAAUUGCUGUGUGAAACCGGGUAAAUCUGCCGAAAAAAAGAAUAAAAAGAACAACAGCAAACCCAACCCUUUUUCAAUUGAUUAUGGGGGGACUAAACAUGCCUCUGGGAGUGGAAACAAGCUAGUUGUAUUAAAAGAACCAACAGGGCAAAAUAUACAUGAUAAGUAUGAUUUGGGGCGUGAGCUCGGAAGAGGAGAAUUUGGGGUUACUUAUCUAUGUACUGACUUGGAAGGAGGAGAAAAAUAUGCUUGCAAAUCGAUAUCUAAAAAGAAGUUAAGGACUGCAGUGGAUAUUGAUGAUGUUAGGAGAGAGGUUGAGAUCAUGAAACAUUUGCCUGUGCAUCCGAAUAUUGUGACCUUGAAGGAUACUUAUGAGGAUGAUAAUGCAGUGCACAUUGUGAUGGAAUUGUGUGAGGGUGGGGAGUUGUUUGAUCGAAUCGUUGCUAGAGGCCACUAUACAGAGAGGGCAGCUGCUGGAAUUUUGAAGACUGUUGUGGAAGUCGUUCAGAUGUGUCACAGGCAAGGGGUAAUGCAUCGUGAUCUCAAACCUGAGAAUUUUCUUUUUGGUAACAAGAAAGAAACAGCUCCACUGAAGGCUAUUGACUUUGGGUUGUCUGUUUUCUUUAAACCUGGGGAACGCUUUAAUGAGAUAGUGGGAAGUCCUUAUUACAUGGCUCCUGAGGUCCUAAAGCGCAAUUAUGGACCAGAGGUCGAUGUCUGGAGUGCUGGAGUUAUACUUUACAUUCUUCUAUGUGGUGUUCCACCUUUCUGGGCAGAGACUGAACAAGGAGUAGCCCAAGCGAUUAUUCGUUCUGUGAUUGAUUUCAAGAGGGAUCCAUGGCCUAAAGUUUCUGAUAAUGCAAAGGAUCUUGUAAAAAAAAUGCUUGAUCCAGAUCCAACUCGACGGCUCACAGCUCAGCAAGUUCUUGAGCACCCCUGGUUACAUAAUAUAAAGAAAGCACCAAACGUCUCAUUGGGUGAGACUGUUAAAGCAAGACUCAAGCAAUUUUCAGUAAUGAACAAGCUCAAGAAAAAAGCUCUGACGGUUAUAGCUGAGUUUUUGUCUGCGGAGGAAGUCGCUGGAAUGAAGGAAGCAUUUGAAAUGAUGGAUACCGGAAAGAAGGGCAAGAUAAACCUGAAUGAACUUAAAGAUGGCUUGCAGAAGCUUGGCCAUCAAAUCCCUGAUGCUGAUCUUCAGAUUCUCAUGGAAGCGGCUGACGUUGAUGGAGAUGGAAGUUUAAAUUAUCCAGAGUUUGUUGCUGUAUCUAUUCAUCUUAGAAAGAUGGCCAAUGAUGAACACCUGCACAAAGCAUUUUCAUUUUUUGACAAAAACCGAAGUGGUUUCAUAGAAAUCGAAGAGCUUCGUAGCGCUUUGAGGGAUGAGGACGACAGCAACAGCAAGGAAGUCACCGAUGCCAUUAUGCAUGACGUUGAUACAGACAAGGAUGGUCGGAUUAGUUAUGAGGAAUUUGCUGCGAUGAUGAAGGCUGGUACGGAUUGGAGAAAAGCAUCGAGACAGUAUUCACGUGAACGUUUUAACAGUCUCAGCUUAAAGUUGAUGAGGGAAGGCUCAUUACAAGUUGAAAACAAAGUCUAGAUCAUCAAAAUCCAGAAGAAAGAAAUGUUGAAAAGAGGAGAAAAAUAUAUUUUUUUCUUUAAUACAUAUAUAUCUUUUCUUUUUUUUUCCCUUUUUAUCAUUGAGCAUGAAAGUUUUUUUUUUUUUCCACUCUAAACUCCAUAUAGGCAUAUCCUUGGACUGUAUGUGUAAUCUAACAAACUAGGUUUAUUUUACUUGUAAAUAUAUGGAAUCAGAGAUCAUGAAAAAAAAAUAUUAUACUUUCUUCUUAGA